CAUACGUCUAUUAUCUGUUGUGUUUUUCCUAACCCCGCUUUGACUUGAGUGUGUUUUUUAAUUUUUUUUUUUUUAUUUAUUUAAUUUUUUUUUUUUAUGCGCUGAUUGAUGAAGUUUGGACACCCGGAGCAGCUCUGAGUGAAAAGAUGCAGUCCUCUAAGAGUUUUCGUUUGGAUGAUUUUAUCGCAGGAUGGAUCGGCGGAGCCUCCAGUGUUGUUGUGGGCCAUCCAUUGGACACAGUAAAGACGCGGCUCCAGGCGGGAAAAGGCUAUAAGAACACUUUACACUGCGUCCUCACCAUCUACAGGAAGGAAACGGCCAUGGGGUUCUUUAAAGGCAUGUCUUUCCCGCUGGCCAGCAUAACAGUUUACAACUCUGUGGUGUUUGGCUUCUUCAGCAACGCACAAAGGUUCAUAAGCAAGUAUCGCUAUGGCGACGGGCGGCAUCCCUGCGGUAUGCUGGACCUGACCGUGGCCAGCAUGCUGACUGGAUUGAUGUCAGUGGGCCUGGGAGCUCCGGUGGAUCUGGUCAAGAUCAGACUGCAAAUGCAGACGCAGACGGUUCUAGCAGAGAAUUUGCACCUCGCUGGAAACGUAUCAAACGGCACCAACAUCCCUCUACGCUCCAUCGACAUCCCCAACCAGAGACUUUACCGUGGCCCCCUCCACUGCAUCAGCAGCAUCCUGCAGACCGAGGGCCUCCAGGGUUUGUACAGGGGGGCCGGUGCUAUGAUCCUGAGGGACGUUCCUGGAUACAUACUCUACUUCAUCCCUUACGCCAUCUUCCGUGACCUGCUGAAGUCCGAUGAAACAUCAAACCCCCAUCCGUGUUCCAUCUGGCUCGCUGGAGGACUGGCAGGGUCCAUCUCUUGGGUCACUGCAACACCAGCUGACGUGGUGAAGAGUCGAAUGCAGGCGGACGCUCAUUUGCAGAGGAAGUACAAGGGAAUCCUACACUGCAUCAUCCACAGUUACAAGACAGAGGGAGCUCAGGUUUUCUUCCGUGGAGCAUCAGUCAACGCUAUUCGAGGCUUCCCGAUGAGCGCCACCAUGUUCCUGACUUACGAACUCUGCCUCAAGUUCUUCAGGGGUAUUUAGGACCAGAAACGAUUGUUAUGGUAAAAGGAACAACACUCAGUUUUUUGGCAAAUGAGCACACAGCAAACAAACCUCAAAUUUACGCAAGUUUCUUCCAGACUGUUUUACUAGCUUAGUCAGCAGCUCUUUUGACUUAGCUACUUUUAACUUUAGCUUGUACGUUGCACUGAAUGCAGUGUAGCAGUGUUGGCAUGCUUCUCUGUAGAGUGAUCAAAUACUUUAACUCAAAUAAUACAAAUUACGACACCACAGUCAUCCACGUGUUAAUGGAAAGAUCAUGUCCAUGAAGAACAAGAUCUAUCCACGUGUAUUUAGCAUGUUGAGCUACUUCUCCCAAGUUUUAAAGCCCAAACUUUCGAAGGUUGACAACAGGAACAACAUUAUAUAAAGACAGAGUUUGAGACUGGAGUCAAACCAGGAACCUUAACUAUUGAAGAUUGUCCCUAAAAAGCACUUUUUAUGCCAAUGCAUUUCCAUAUGAUGUUUGAUGGCACUUAAACUUAACCAAGUGCUGAGAGAUGGUUGCUAGCUAGCAUUAACUAGCUAGCAUUAACUAGCUAGCAUUAACUUGGAAGUAAAAAAAACAACAAAAAACAGAAUAUGUAAUAUAAUUGUCUGAUUUGUUUUGUUCUAGACAAUGAUAUUCAUUAUUUGUAUUUGAAUUUGUAGUGUUUGUAAAGCUAUGUACAGAUGAUUUUAAGUAGUAAACAAAUUCUGGUUAGAAACUACAUCAAUCCCUCAAUAAUCAAAGUGUAUUCUUCUGUUUUUUUGCGAUAACUUAAGUUACUAAAGUUGAAAUAUUGUAGGUCAGCUAUAUAAAAAAAAAAAAGUUUUAGUCAGCAUCUCUGUUGCUAGCUUGUGCGUUAGUUCACUGUAAUUGAAAACGCCCCUGUUGGUGCUGCCAACACCAUAAGCAUGAUAAGCAUGUGAUAAGAAAAGCCUGUGAAGGCAAAUUCAAGAGAAAGUAGGUGCUCCUCGCUGCAGUUAAAAAGUGUUUGUUGAGAUUGAGGCUUGAUUGUUUGACUUUGGCUGUUUUACGCUGGAAGGUUGUGAGUAUUGUGAAAGUUGCGAGUAUCCUCUUGUUAGUUGUUUAGCUGCAAAAUAUUUCCUGACAUAGUAAAAUAUAGCAAAGCACAAUGAUAAUGAAGCUAAAUGUAGAUAAAUGGAUGAUUCUGGUGGAAUAGCUGAACAUUUACUUGAUGCCAAUUUGCCAAAGAACUUUGUGUGUUUCUUUUUACGGUAGUUUAAUGGAAAUUAGAUUAUGGUUUGAGUAUGGGAUCAGUCUGUCCUGCAGCAGAACUUUACCAGGACAACAGUCACCUGCUCGCACACCUGCAGGUUUUUUCCUGAGAGACCAUUAUUCUCCUGUGUUCAUGUGUGAUGAAGAAAUACUCAAUCAUAUUUUUAUUACACAGCGUCACCCAUUAAGCAUUGAUUUGCAGGUCCAAAUAAGUUUAGACAUCUAGAUUUUAAAAUAAUGUCAAUAGUUUUUUUCUAGACAUUGAAACAUUGACACAUGGAAAUGGUCAUUUGAGUGCUUUGGAAACAAACCAAACCAAACUAGUUUUAAACUAGCUGUCUGAAUGUUGUUUGACCUGCAAAUCUUAACAUUGGUGCUUAUUGUCCAUUGACUACAUAAUUUUGUAUUCAUUUAUUAAUAAGAAGGGAGCAGUGCACUUUUAUCUGAGAAGAAAUACUAAUGCUAAAAGCUUGUGUAAAGGAUGUGACAUUUUCAACACAACUGUGAGUUUAAAUUUAACAUUUUUGUGGCCUUUUUUGCAGAUCUGUUUAAGUUCGCUUUCAGUGUUGAUUUUGUUUAGAUCAAUUUUAAAUUUGUAUUGUAUAUAAAUUAUAUAUAAAGUUUUAUUUUAAAUUAUAUUCCAUAAUAAUUAGUGCAUUGGCAAGUGUUAAUUUCAUUUUUUGGGCAUUUUUAAUACUCUAUAAGCUAUAAUGAAUGUCAGGCUAGUCGCAUUAGCAAUGAAAUGUUUACGUUGUAUUGAAAAGUACAGUGUAGUGUUGAAAGUGACUCACCCUUUUGUUCACAACAUGAAUUGUUGCCUUCCAAUGCACAUGGACUGUAUGUGCAUCCCAUGUUACCGUCCACUUGUACAUAUUUGUGUGUUUCUUAUAUUAAGAAAAUUGAGUUUUACAAGUUAAUUUUAACUUCACAUUAACAAGCUAACUUUGCUUAUGCCACUGUUGCAUUCAUGCAUUCUGAGCCAUUUCAGUACAGUUAUAUUAUUGCUUUUUUAAAGCUCGCAGCAUACAUAUAGAAUCACUAACAACUCAACAGUUAUAUUGCAUUUACACUACUGCAAUUAAGUUUCAUUCCAAAGGGAAAAUUCUUUAAAAAAAACAAACAUUUAUUCAGUCAAACUCAUUACUUUCAUGGAAAUAUAGCACAUUUGGGGGAAACACUUAAAAUAGACAUCAUGUCAAAAUCUUCCUGUAUCAAAAAGUAUUUUUUAAAAGAGACAAUCAUCUGCUAUUUUUGAAUAUAUUUCCUAAUUUGACCCCGCACAUCUUCCCAAAAUUAAUAUAUCUAAUUUUGAAAUGAAUACCUUCAAAGAAAUGAUUUAUAGCGAUAUAUUCAAUAUUGUUUUCUUGUCAUGUAAAUACUUGUAAAUAUAUAAACUGCCAUUCCAGAUGGUGGAGAGCCAGAAAUUGUCUUAUUGUAUAUAAAUAAAGCUUUUAAGAAAGA